AUGGCUGUCAAUGUGGGAUUCCCGGCGGAUGGUGCAGAGAAUCAGGGUUGGAAGCUGUACUUGACGUCUCUGAUCAUGGUUCUUUGCGCGGGACUGUUCGUAAUCGCGAGGGUCCUCACACGUGUGCGCAUCUUUGGACUCAAGGCCGACGACUAUGCGAUCAUAGCAUCUCUAACUUUUUCCAUCUUCCUGUCCAUAGCCAUCCAGCUCGCCGUCGUGCAUGGCUACGGCAAGCACGUCCGCGACCUCAGCAAGCCCGAACUACGGACGUGUCUCAAGUUCUUCUGGCUCGCGCAGACGCCAUACAAGAUUGUUGUGUGUUUGAACAAGACGUCUGUCAUUCUGCUGUACAUGCGCAUCUUCAUCGGGCACCGGUUCCGACUGCUUUGCUCCUGCGCCCUUGCGAUUGUCAUCGGCUCCGGUAUUGCGACGGUCUUCGCUACCAUCUUCCAGUGCGUUCCACUCGAGCGCUCGUGGAACAAGACUGUGGAGGGGAAGUGCAUUGAUAGCUCGGCAUUUUGGAUUGCGAAUGCUGUGAUUAACAUAUCGACGGAUGUGAUAGUGCUUGCGCUUCCCGUCCACGAGGUCAUCAAGUUGCAAUUGAGACUGCGCGAGAGGAUCAUGCUGCAUAGCGUGUUCUUGCUGGGUGGAUUCGUAACUGUAACAUCCAUCCUCCGCGUCACCGCCGUCGCAAACAGCGUCCACAACCACAAAGACCAAACCUGGGAGUUCAUCCGCCGCGGCGUCUGGACCCUCAUCGAAGCAAAUCUCGGAAUAAUCUGCGCAUGCUUGAUCGUCCUUCGCCAGCCACUCGCACGCCUGUGCUCAAAAGUCUUUGGCGCGACAAAGACGGGCACGAGC